CUGUGUGUAACCUUUAUUGCACAUCAUCUUUCCAGUGGAGAAUUGCAGCAUAAUCUUAUUAAGAUAUCCUAUUACAUUAAACGAAGUGUGACAUUCUGCAUGCAAAGAAUUCAACAGAUAAAUCAACCUCUGCGGCAUGCAUAGUGUAAGCAUCAAUGAUAAAAUCUGAUUUUAUUAUCAUUUCCUCAAAGCGAGAGUUGCAAAACAGUUGCCGAAAUGCUUGUAAUGAUGUGUCUUCACAUCCUGCCAAAGCAGCACACGAUGCUAACCAGGUUGAUUGAACACAUCGACUUAUGAACCAGCCUCUACUCAGCGCUUCGCUCAAAAAAGAAAAAAGGAUUAUAAAGUCUCCUCUUGCAGCAGGACAGAUGGAUUUCAGACCUCAGGGUGCCGUGCUGAUUGCAACACUUGUUGUGGUGAACUUCAUUUGGUGGAUGGUAAUGAUUGCCGCCAUCGGAGUGGGAGCCACACAUCUGAACAACUGUCCUGUGCAGCCAAACAUCCCCAUUUACCUGAUAGUGAUGGGAGCAACAAGCAUCCUCUCUUUGUCGGUCACUUAUAACAUCAGCAAAAACAAGGAAAGUGCCAUCAACAUCUUGUUGACGGCCUGCAUGACAGUCCUGCACAUCUUUAGCUUUUCCUGGUUGAUAGCAGGUACCUGCUGGGUUUAUAACAUCUAUCCUCCUAAUUACUCUGGAACAGAUAAUUACUGCCACAUGAUCACCUACCAGUUUGCCUUUGUUGUCACCACAUUGCUGUGGGUCGCAAUGACCAUUCCGAGCAUGUGGAGCUCCUGCCGCCGUGUCCUUCAGGACCUGCUCCGCCAGCCUGCUGUCAGGAGUUUGUCUCUGACUCCUGCUCAGCACACAGUUGUGGUGGAGCGAUGGUGGCAGGUUCCCCUCUCCAAAGUGGGCAGUCCACCGAGGCUGAACCCCCGGAGACACAGAGUCUACAAGCUGGUGGAAGACACUAAACAUGCUCCCAAAACCAAUAUGGAGCUCAUCCUGACUCAGACUGUACCAAAACUUGGAGGACGAGGAGACACUGUGUUUGUGAAAAGGUCUGUUGGACGAAAUAAGUUGCUGGCCGAAGGCCUGGCGGUCUAUCCAUCACCAGAGAACAAACAGAUGUUUUCUGAGGAGCUGAGAGUGGGUAUUAAAUAUGAACACUCAUGUUUCUCUUCCAUGGUUUUGAUUUGGUUUGCUUUGCUGCUAAUCAUUGUUAUCUUGGUUGAUGUACAGCUUCUACGAGAGGGGAGGCCAGAGGACCGAAUCCAAACCCGAACUGGACAGAUGACGCUGGAUUUCCUGAAACGCUCAAAGCUGAGUAUAAACAAAAUGCCGCCUGAUGAUUUUCAGCUCACUAAAGAAGUUGUGUGCCGGCAGUUUCUCAAGAAGCUGGGAGUUGUUGUGCCACUUCAUGCCCUGAACCUGCCAUUUGAGCCAAUAAAGGACUUGGGCGACUACUGGUGUGAAGUUACAAUUAAUGGAUUGGACACAGUUCGGGUUCCCAUGUCACUUUUGCCGUAUGAAGACCCUUCUGCCACACACCAGAAGCAGCUGAAGGCCCAAAGAAGGCUGCAGGCAGCUGCCAACGUUUCAGAAGAGGCUGAUGAGGAGGACGCUGCUUUGAGGGCAGCUUCCGAAAUGGAAGCUGGUGAAGAGUCUGUGGGCGAAACUUCAGCCUCAGCAGGACCCUCCGCUGCUGGGGAAACCACAGCAAGCACACAAACUGAGCAAAACACAACAUCUCCUCCAAGUCAAAGCCCAGAUAAAAGUUAAUGGACUCCAAAAAAUGUGUUUGAAGAACUCUACUGGUUGUGUUUUUUUAGUAACACACUCAGCAGCUGCUGUUUGCUGAAGAAGGCAACAAACAGGAUGGUUUGUUAACCAACGCAAUGCAGUUGCUUUUGGGGUUGUUGAUGUACCAUUGAAAUAAUGAUAUGAUCCAUGAAAAAUACACACUUCAUGUUGUCCCUGUGUCUGUAUGGGUUCUCUCUAGGGGGCUCCGGCUUCCUUCCACCAAACAGAAGCAUGCAUGUUAGGUUAAUUG